AUGACAGUCUUAAAGAACGAAGCAGGCUCUUACGAGAAUAUGUCACCAUUUAUUACUCCGGCUCCUCUUGAGGAGCUUUCGACAAAUCAGAAAGAGCAACAUUUAUCGCAUAGCCGCCCAGCUAAAAACUCCCCAGAUAAACAUCAAAAAGUUGUAAAAGCUUCUACCAUAAUUACUAAGGAGCAGAAGAAUAUUGCAUUGACUAAGAUACUAUUGAAGCAGGCUAACGUAAAUCCGAUUGUGUCGAAGCACGAACUCAGCGAGGAAGAAAGUAUCACUGUUGAAUCUGCCCCCAAGCCGCCCCUGGUGCAAACUCCAACUCGUCAACAGUCACCAACGCGGCCAAAUCAAGCAAAUUCAAUCAACAAACCAGUGACUGUGCCUGAUACACUUUAUAUCGAUACCCCAAAGCCCGCCAAAGUCAAGCCUUUAGAGAAAGUUCGCGACGAACCCAGGAAAGAUCCUGGACCCUACCAGAACAUAGAAAGUCUACUCUAUGAGCAGAACAACACACUCUUUGAGGCUGAAAACUACCAGGAAAUCUUCACUCAGGCCGAAGACACAGAACAGUAUUGUAGGGUGGCAUCGCUUGACUUCCAAGAAUGGUCCGCGAUGGGCCAAGAAAUCCUAGAAGAGCAACGGGAACUAAUGGAAAAAAUGGUAGCAAAUAGAGCAAAGCUUAGCCAUAAGUUCCAAGUCAUCACACGUAUCAUUAAUGACCGUGCACAGGUCCUUAUGGACCAGGGAAACCGCUUCCAGAAAAAGCUAGAACGCAUUCAGUCUCUGGGCAAAGAAAUCCUAGACAUGAUCUAA